CCACUUGAAUCAAUGAAAAGAAUAUUGUGUUGGUAGUGGGAGUGGUAAAUAUUGCAUUAUUAUUCAUUUUCAUUAAUUGCAUUCAUAGCUUGUCUGUUUUCCAAAGAGUUCAGGGCAGCGUACAUGGUUCUUCUUCUCUUAACUUUAUCCUCAUGACAAUCAUGUGAGGGAAGUCAAUCAGAAAGAAUGGAUGGUUAGUAAGUUUCUGAAACCUGGCUCUCUCAAGUUUUGGUCCAAAAAUCUCAUAUCAUUCCCACUGUUGCUGCUGCUGCUGUUAUAACAACAUCACUUACCCCCCCCCCCCCCAAGUUUGGACUAUACUUGAUGGAAACAAUGACCAUAAAACUAAAUGAUCAUUUUAUUCUAUAAUAAAAGCAAUAGCAAAAUACCUUGAAACCACUGGGCACAAUUUUCCUUGGGGAAAGCCAACAUUAAAAUACAGUUUUCUUUUGAAAGUCACCUCAUGUCAAUGCUAAUUUUAACCUAUCUGUAAAAUUAAGAUUCAUUUACCUGCCUGACAACAGCGUUACACAUCAGCAUCAGUAAUUGCACUCAGAUUUUAGGAUCACCGAAUUUUAUCACAAUUUCUUUUUCUUCCCUGAAGUUGCUCCCUCCAAUUAGGUCAGAAGCACCAUUUGUCAUGGCUACCACAGUGGCACCCCCGCCUUCUCCUCCUCCUGGUUGUGGCAACAUUGACCCCGAUUAUUAUUUCCUCUGUGACACCUGUGAAGCCUGGGGCAUUGGACUGACGACUGUGGCCGCUGCAGGCAUCCUGACCUCUCUGAUACUCUUGCUGUUAUUCACCAUGCUUGCUUGCAUAGUUGAAGACAAAAACAAGAAAAGCAUGGUCCCCAUUCAGUUCUUCUUCAUCAUGGGCACUUUGGGAAUCUUCAGCCUCACCUUUGCAUUCAUCGUCCGACUCAAUAAGAAGACUGGCCCUGCUCGCUUCCUCUUACAUGGGGUCCUAUUUGCCCUCUGCUUCUCCUGCCUUCUGACCCAUGGCUUCAACCUCAUUAGGCUAGUGAGAGGGAAGGUCCCUUACUCACAACGAUCACUGCUGUUCUGUGUUCUUGGAUUCACAUUGGUUCAAAUUAUCAUAGCUGUCAAAUACAUUGUCAUUACAGUAGAAAGAGAUAGUAUUGAUUUGGCCAGAAUGGGAAGACAACAACGCAACAAGGACUUUGUCAUGCUGGCAAUCUAUGUGGUUGUCCUAAUGGUCCUUGCUUUUGUAACUUCCAUGUUCACUUUCUGUGGAGCAUAUAAAGGGUGGAAGAAGCAUGGGACACACAUCUUUGUCACUCUGCUGUUCUCCAUGGUCAUCUGGAUUACAUGGAUCUUUGUAUUCCUGAGGAGCAGCAUGUCUUAUGAGAGUACGCAAAGCAAGUGGGAUGACCCUGUCAUUAGUGUUACUCUGGUGGUGAAUGGAUUGGUUUUCCUGGUGCUAUAUAUAGUGCCAGAGAUCUGCUUUCUUGCUUCCCCAUGCAAGCCUGAAGACUACCCCCCAAAGAAAUCCACAGUCACACAACUGAGUAUUGAAGCAGGAAGUACUCAAGCACCCGAUAAAGAAGGUACUGAGGAAGACGUCUUGCUUUCAGCAAAUGAGAAUUGUCUUCAGCCAAAGAUCCUAAAAUCCAAACCACGUAUCUCAAUCCCUCGGGCAACAUUACUUCCAGCCUACAAGCAAGAUAUUGUGGUGUGCUCUGAAUCCAAGACAGGACCAACCAGAGAAACACUCAAGCAAUACUUCUGCUAACCAUGAAAUCCAGAAAAUAGUUGAUGUUUUGUUCAAUGAUGACUGUGCUUUUGUUUCUAGCCUUUGAUUCUCUGUCUGUUGACUUCUGCCCAAUUAAAAUGCUCAACAAAAGAUUUCUAAAUAGAACAUGAACAUCUUCUAAACAUAUUCUAGCCAUUCUUCUUUGUUCCCUUUUAAAAACUCACUCAACCUUG